AUGGCAAAGACAGGCGAAGCAUUUCUGCGCAUAGGAGACGAGAUUAUACUGUACGAUGAGAACAACAAUGUACUGAUUGCUGAGAAUCCCUUGGAAACUCGAGCGUGUGUACGACCUACGCGACAUGAUCGCUUGUCGUCUGAAGCGAUUGGCAGUUGUAUAUUCAGAAUCGAACCUCAGCAAUGGUACACCGAGAAACGGGCACUAAAGCAAUUCUUUGGCGAUGACGAGGACGAAGAAUCCAUUGUGAGUCAAGGCACCAUUGAAGAACUGCAGGAAUUGAGAGAACUGCAACGCGAAGCACACAAAGAACAAAGUCAGAACGAAACCGAAAGAAAACGAUUGUUUGGAAAACCGGUGCUGUAUGGCCAAGUCAUACAACUUUACAGUAAACAUUUUCGAAAAUACCUGACAGUGACCGGGCGAACCUGCAAAGGCGACAUAUCCCAUCUGCAAGUCAAUCUAUCGCAAGAUUUGAUUGGCUACUUCAAGAUCAUGCCGCGUUACAGAAUUCGUGUCGACGGCGAACCUGUGCGUCUAGGCGACACCUUUGCCAUUCAGUGCGUACGUCCUGAAGGGUAUCUCAACGUGGGCACGAACCCAUUACGUUCUGAUCUUUUUUCCACCGACUAUUACGAGGUCUUUUCCCAUACUCGGAUUUCUUCUUGGACCAUGAAGUGUCACGCGUCUGCAUUUGCACAACAAGGCAUGAGUACAUCCAAAUUCAUUCAUCCAGGCCAAUACGUUCGAUUCUACCACAAAGAAAUGGAAGCUUAUCUCGAGUCGCCUAUGCUGAUAAGUGACAGACACGAUGUUCGACUGCGCAAACAUGUGAUCAAUCCACUGGAUCCUAAAGAAAGUGAUUCGCCCUUGGCUUUUUGGGAAAUCGAAAAUGCAGACAGUUCUCAAGGUUCCAAAUUAUCCUGGAAAAAACCUGUACGCAUUCGUCACGCAGCUUCACGACGCUAUCUGUAUAUCGAUCCGAACAAUGUGCGGAUCGAUGUCCUCAGUCAGAAAGUCACCUAUUCCUUGCGUCUGGUGAAAAAUCCCGUUUGCCCAGAAGGGAAUGAUGGCACGCUUUUCAAAUUAAUUCCUGCUUCCGAUCCUGUGAGCUCAAGAGUGCCCUUUGGCUCCUACGUACGGAUUCAACAUGUAGCAAGCCAAUGCUGGAUUCAUGCUGCAGACGAUGAUGAAAUCAGACGUGCUCAACGAUCCUUGCCAACCGUCUCACUAAGUGUCGAUCCUCUCACAACUUCACCUAUCCCUCACUCAACGAACCAUGGAUCAUCCAAUAUCGGACUACCACGGGACUCUACGGACAUUAGCACAUCAUCGCCAAGUGAAGAUACGUUGAUCCAUAACGUGACGGCAUCGCAAGAUUUUUAUUAUCAUGAUUGCUUCUCCAUCACGUUGGUGAAUAACCCGUUAUCGGAUACAUUCAUUUUCGUCAAUGAACUAUUACCUCGCUUGCAAUGGUUUAUCAAGCAAGAACGUAAAGUGGAACUGGAUGCGGAAAAUACACCCGAAAGUGGCAGCUAUUUUCCUAUUGAUCAGGAAGAAUUUCAAGCCAUGUGCGAUACUCUGAGCGCGUUGAUCAAAUUUUGUACGAGAACCAAGGAAAACGAUCCCACCAAACGCGUGGGUAUACCCAUCCCAUAUCACCAAGUGUUACUUCGCGACAUAGGCGUCAUUGAAGCCGUGAUUAGCAUGAUCCAAAUCCCUUUUGAUCUAGGGAAACGUCGACGAGUACGCACAGCAAAAGACACGCAGGUCUAUUUUUCCGCAGAAUACGAGAGAGCCGUACCAUUGGAUCAUUUGCAGACAACCAACGAAUAUCGCUUAAAGACGAUUCUUAGUCUUUGUUAUCAUUUGCUGCGUGUUUUUCUCAUAGAGGGGCCUGUACAGAACGAACCAUCGGAUCAUCAAGAGAAUCAACUUCAUGUGCUCCACGUGGCCGGUGAUGAUGGUAUACACAUGUUCCAGCAGCAUAUGGAAAGUGAUAUAGGUGUGGCGAGCAUGAUGAUCCAACUUGUGAAGAAUAACACCGCUGUUAUUGAGCAUAUCACGACUGCUCAACCUCAGCUCAUUCCGACCCUCGUCGAUCUGGUCAAAAGACGAACGCAGAGGAUACUUUCGCAGUACAUCCAAGAUGACUUUUACGGAUUAGCUGAAGGCGAAGAAAUCGCAUCCUUUUUCAACCUUCUGAGUGCUUUAUGCCAUACGGAAACGUCCGACGUACUCAUCCCUUACCGUCACUACGUAUCUGAGCAGUUGUUUGGUGUGGAUCCACGAAAUGAAUGUUUAUUUCAAACACGCUUGUCGGUGGAUGCUGGUAUAGUCGAAGUGAAGAUUAUGGGCGACAGCUGGCGCAACCUGGAAUCCCUGGUCCAUCGAAGCGUCCCUAUACUUGGGCUGUUCGUGGAGAGUGUAUUACAUAUAAUUUCUACACUCGUUCACGGGUCAAGCAACAAGACUUUGGAGUCUCAGCGACAGCUCAUCCCCAAGAAUGUUUGUCUCAAGUGUAUCGGUGAUCCGGGCUUGCCAAGCAAUAUUCGCGCCCAAUUCUGUCAUAUACUCAGAGUCCUCUACGUUGAGGUGUCUCCCUUUAGCGAAGUUUUAUUACCUGAUUUCACUUUACAAUUCGAUACGCUUUGCGGGCCCAUUGAAUAUCCUUCGGGUGGGACCGGUAGUUUGGAAAGCCGUUGUCCAGAAUUUUUCGAUCAGUUAAAACAUUGGGCCCUUGUUUUUCUUGACGAUCGACGGCAUCUACUUAUGGAUGCCAAGCCCGAUACCCAGUUUUUAUCGGCAGUUCUCAAACUGAUAUUCUCUCAGCUACGGUUGGGAUUUUUCACCGAACCAGGGGAUGUAAAACGAUUGUUCCGAGCCUUGGUACAUGUACUUGACGGACGCAUAGAUGCACGAAAUAUUCAACAUUUAAAGCACCUAACAGCACCCAACCACGAUGCAUCACAAUGGAACGAGCGAUACCUUCUUUCAGAAGAUACCUUGGACGCGAUGAACACCAAGAUUCAGAUUCUGGAAAUUUUUGACCUCAUUUUCGAUUUGCGACUCCAUGUUCGUAUGGCUAUGCUGGCCUCCGAAUGGAAGCGCAUGGAAAGUAAUACUCAGCUGAAACCGUUGCGGUCGCUUCACGACAUGUUGACCACGAUAUACGAGGAAACAUUAUUACGCCAGCGUGAAAACAUAUUGAUGCCGAUAUUAAAAGAUAUUUUGCGGUACCAGUACGCUCCACUGAAGCGGAUCGCCGUGGUGGUCAUGCAUCGUAUUUACAACGAUAGUGAAGAUUUGUUUCAGAAAACGUCGCGGGUGAUGCUAUUGACUGAACCACAGCAAGUGUUUGUCUAUCACGGCAUUAAGAAGCGCCUGGCGAUGCUUCGAUCUUUCCUCGCUUCCGAUCGCCUGAGUGUCAAAGACCAUCCAGCCGUGGACACGAUUUUGCAACAAUUUAUUGGUUUGUUCAACGGUAAAACCAUUGAUUUUGAUGACAGUCUCUGUUCUCUUGAAACGACGAAAAACCAACGAAAUAUCUACGCAAAACUUUUCAAAAAUCUAAACGCCCAUCCACUCAUUAUCACACUUCUCACCGCCGUGAAAAACCUCAAAUCCACCAGUGUGAAAAAGAUGGCUGAACUGUGUAACGAACAAGAUACGGAUUGCAUAGGGACAAUGAAGCUGUGCCUGGACUUCCUCGUUGAACUGACCCAGGAUGAUCCAGAAUUGCAGGGCGUCUUUAUAUUGCAAAAUCUUGACUUGCUGAUAGACAUCUGCGCACACGAUCCAACGUUGGCCGUUAGCCUUUACGGACUCUGUCGGAACAAUUUGCAUGUCAGUGUACGAAUGCGGGAAGAGCAGAUCAAGCGAAUACUGGAACUGUCCAAGGGUUAUCACGGAGAGUAUUUGCAUUUGCUGCAUGACGCCAUGAAAGCGCGCGGAAAACUUAUCAAGAGAAACCAAGACUGUGUGAUGCGUUUAAUGAUGGAUCGUCGCAGUCUCUACGUACCGUUUGACACCGUUUACGAUCUUACGAAAUCCAAGCAUCUGGAUUACUGCAUUGCUCUCAUUGAGUUGCUAGCUGUCUGUGGGCAAGGCGAUAAUACAUACGGCCAAUCGUUUGCCCGUACCGUGUUUUCUAUCCAUGAUAUUGCCAUGGUACUUCAGGACCAAGGUGCACCCGUGCGCCUGAAAACGGUGAUGCUUCGGUUCCUCAGCUCCAUUUAUCUAGAUAAUAUUGAUGUUCCCUCUCACGAACCUGUGAGCGACAAUCGAAGUAUGAGGAUGAUGAUCGAGAAGGCUUAUCAUGCCAUUGUCCAAGCCGAAGUUGAACCGACGGAAGAGAAUCAGGCAUUCGUAUACAAUGGCGUGCUAGUGUUCCUACGUUCCGUAUUCGAAUACCACAUAUCGUUUGAAACCACCGUUAACAACUCAUUGUUCAGUCUUUGCCCAAAGCUCGUUGAUCGCGUGGUUGAUCUCCUUCAGCCCGCGUACGGUGAUCGUAACGCGUUGCAGAACACGCUUGCGUGCCUUGACAGUAUGAUCAAUGUCUCUGGUUUUCGUGGAAGUGUCCAUCCAGAAGAUUUGCGGGAUAAGCUGCGAGAUGCAAUGUUAAAGCUGACUGACGCAACCAAUCACCAAGCCGCCCAUCACGAUCCAGUGAACGUCAAGUUUCAAGGUUUUGUCCGAGCCCUUAAAGCAGAUCAAGGCGUCUUGAUCCUCCAAAGAAAUGAAUUCAAAAAGCUUGGUUCUCAUUUCAAUUUAAUUGACGAUCAGUCGGUACAAGACGUGAAAUCGCUCAUUGAUUAUUUAUCCAUGAUGACCAGCACAAAAUAUGACAAGAAAACGGAACAUUAUCAGGUGGCUACGAUGAAAAUCUUGGAAGAAAUCCCAUUGCAAUAUAUCCGAGAACGAUGGCAAGUCAACGCAGCGGAAGAACCUGUACGCUUUGAGACAUUGGAGAAGAAAAAAGCAGAGGCGCAAAACAUAUUGAACGGACUCGGCUGUACCUUGGUGACCCAGACUCUUUUAUCCUCUCCGCGGCGACAAAUGUUUGAGGCUUCGCUAAAACUUUUGAUCGCUUUGCUGGAAGGUGGUAACAAGAAUGUUCAGGAUAAACUCGAGGAGUACUUUUACAGCAUCAGAGAAGAGCGGUUCUUCUAUUCCUUCCACCAACGUCUCAGAAACGGGAUUGCUUCUUUGGAAGAAGCCCAACUCCAUCUGGUGCGAGCGGCUUAUAAAAUGAAUCGGCAACAGUCUAUUUUGAGUCUGGAGUCGGUCGAUAAGCGAUCACUCGAAGACAUCAAGAAGUCGCAUCGGCGUCACUCGUCGAGCUUGGAUCUAUCACGCAGCGGCUUGCGGAAGCGGCAUUUAGGGCAGAAGCAAAUGAAUGCUGAAUCGGUCUUAGUGUACCAGAAAAUUUCCAAUUUAAUGGCGAACGAGACGGCCGAAUUCGGUACGGCAGACGAGGAUUUUGCGAGUAUGAAGGAUACGAUGCGCGCCUUGCAGCUGAUGGUCGAAGGUCACAAUAUCAAUCUACAGACCUAUUUGGCUAAACAGCCCGAUAAUAUCAAGAGUUUCAAUAUCGUGCAAGAUGUCGUCGAAUAUUUACACGCCAUCGUACCUCUUUGUAAUAUCCAAAAUGUUCGACUGAUCAUCCAAGUGCUAGAUACGAUUACCGAACUUGCUCAAGGAUGUCUUGAGAAUCAGCUUACUAUUUUCAAUGACAAGAUUAUCAACCCAGUAAAUACCAUCCUUCGAGAACCGUAUCCCAAUUGUCCAAGAUCAUUGGUGAAUGAACUCAAGAGUAAAGUGGUUAUUUGCUUAUUGAGUUUACUGGAAGGAAGCAUGGAUAACAGCGAAGUCAUCUUUCAAGCGAUGGCUCAAACGCUUGAUUUAUCCACCGUGCUUUCGAACAUGAAUGCCAUCUAUGAUAACAAUCGAGCGGAUCUCAAUUCUCCAGAUGUAUUUGAGAAGCUGGAGUGUGGUUUCCUUUAUUGUAUGUUGAUGAUGACUCUUUGGCCAGCCUUGGAUGAAGAUCAGCGUUCGCUGAUCGACCAAAGCGCAGCGUUCAAUUACUUCCAAAGGCAUACGGGGAAAAUCGAAGUGGUGAUGGAUUAUGGUCAAGAUAAGCAGCUCAUGCGCGUUCUGUUUCCUAUUCCCGAAGUAUGCAAAUACCUACGAGACAGUACAAAGCAACGUUUCUUAUGGAACGUAAAAAGAGAUUCCCCGUCGACAAAAAUCGAGGACCUUGUACAGCAAUCCGGCAAGAUCAUUUAUGAAAUUGAGAAUCAGGCUCGUGUAGCACAGAAUCGCUACCUAUCCCUGCUGACCAAGUACAGCCAUUUAUGGUGGAAAGCAUCGUAUGUCGCAACCAUCUUGUUAAACGCGUUGAUGCUGGUGUAUUCCUCAAUGCUGUUUGAUGUGGGCAAUGCGAAUCAAUUAUCGUCGCGCUUUACCACCAAAGUCUGUGUGACAUUGACCCUGGAAAUCUGUCACCUCGUUUUCUGGUUAUUAUCCACCGCGGAAUUCUAUUUUAUUCAGUUGCCUAUCCUUGUGUAUCGUCAUUCAACAAAAACCGCCGAGAAUCUUUCAAACGAUGACAAGGCCACGGAAGAGAAGCUGGCCAUCGAGAAAAAUCUCAUGACUGGAGAGAAAUUUACUGAUAAGCCUUUUGAUCUUCGAUUUUUAUUGGCGAGUUUGUUCGAAACUCAAUUCUUAUACCAUUUGAUCAUGGUUGGAUUUUCCGUCCUUGGUCUUUUUUACCCCGGAUUUUAUGCCGUUCAUCUUCUCGACUUUGUCUUUCGUGACCGGAUCUUGCAAGGUGUUAUCGCUAGUAUCACGCUGAACGUCAGCUCCAUUUCGAGAACAGCUCUGUUGGGAAUUAUUGUUGUGUAUAUUCACAGUGUUGUUGCUUACAUGUAUUUUCGAUCCGAGUUUGAUGCAUCCAAAGGGCUUUACUGCGAUUCACUCUCAGAAUGCUUUGUCACUGUAUUGUCUCAUGGCGUACGUUCUGGAGGUGGUAUUGGUGAUAUAUUGGAACCGGACGAGCAGGUGCAGCCUCGAGGCUGGCGCACUAUAUUUGAAAUGUCAUUUUACCUGAUUGUGGUUGUGUUUCUAUUGAACGCCAUCUUUGGUAUUAUUUUCGAUACGUUUGGUCAUCUUCGUGAUGAGAGAUCGGCUAUAUUACAAGAUAUGAAGACGUCAUGCUUUAUCUGCAGUAUCAAUGCAGUCGAAUUUCAACGACACGCCAAGAAGGGAUUUGAAGACCAUGUCAAAAAUGAUCACAAUAUAUGGCAAUACCUAUUUUUUAUUGUUCAUCUGAAGAAUAAGGAUCGCACGGAAUAUACCGGACCCGAAUCCUAUGUGGCAGGCUGUCUGAAAGAUAUGAAUUACAGCUUCUUUCCCAUCAAUCGAGCGUUAUGUCUUCGUCAGCACGACGAUGAUGAUACCGAACGCUUACUGAAACUGGAGGAAAUGACCUCCACUCUAAUGGAAAGGAUGUCCAAGAUCGAGGAAAGUAUAGAAAAACUGGGUGACGUACAUGCGCGUUCUAGAUCCAACAGCCUGCUGCUGUCUCCCAUGUAA